CUUCAUAGCCCCCCCUUCCCCACUCUUGUUUUCAUUAUCCCUCUCCUAAAACAAAUACACUAACUACUUAUGUCACUUUGUAGCUUUUAUAAAUCUUCAUUUUAUAACUUGCACUUUACUCUUGUCUAUACUACUAUAAUUAAUAUGGUAAAGUAGCAUAUAGUAUUACAUAAAAUAAAGAGUGGGUGACUUGCUACAUAUUUGAAAAACCAACUAAAUAUUGCAAGUAAGUUUGAAAGACAGUUUAUAUGUGUUAGGAUUGGUAUUUUAAAUAAAGAAAUGAAGGAAAAUGGGAGGAAGCAAGGUGCAAUAUCUCCUUGUGCAGCUUGCAAGCUGCUGAGAAGAAGGUGCGCUCCAGAUUGUGUUUUUGCGCCCUACUUUCCGGCUGAUGAGCCUCAGAAGUUUGCUAAUGUGCAUAGAGUUUUUGGAGCCAGCAACGUCAAUAAGAUGCUACAGGAGUUACCAAUGCAGCAACGCGGUGAUGCAGUGAGUUCAAUGGUGUAUGAGGCAAAUGCAAGGGUACGUGAUCCAGUUUAUGGUUGUGUAGGAGCAAUUUCAUCACUUCAGCAACAAAUUGACGUCCUACAAACCCAAUUAGCCCUAGCACAAGCCGAAGUGGUGCACUUGAGAAUGCGGCAGCUCACAAAUACUACGCCUCAUCGUCAUUAUCAAGGCACACUUUCUUCUGAAAACUCACCAUCAUCUAAUAAGAUAAUAUCUUCACAAGCCAAGUCCCUUUUUAGCAUGGACAUGGUAGUAGAUCAGCCUAAUAUGGGAGAAUCACUUUGGUCAUGUUAAAUUAAAGUAUUAUCAACUUUUUUUCUCAUGGGUGGGAUUUUAAUUAUAAAUAUGUAUAAUAUUAUCCUUGUUAUAGGGACCUAGUUGUUCCCUUUUGUGUUUC